AACCAAUUAAGAUUUACAUCUAUACGUGUUUUGGAUUUCUCCGGGGAAUUUUGGAGUGGAGUAGUUCCCCAAUCUCGAUGCUUGGCGAACUAUCGUCAUCAGAUGCCGCCAUUGAUGGAUGCAAAGUGCUCAGACAUUGAAUAAACUGUCAAAGAUGGCGGCGCUGUUCAUACAGAUAAAACGGCUUCGGUAUUGAAUUUUUGUAAUCGAGAGGCGAGGAGACAUAGCUGCGAAAGUAUAGAGAGCCGUGAGAAGCGCGCAUCGGAUUUUGUGAUAGCAUAUUUGAUUGUUGGCAAUGGAGAAGCCAAACGCAGAGCCGGUUCUAGAUCCUCCCGCUUACAAGCUUCUUCUAACGUGUCCCUCUGGUCUCUCUCCUUCACAGGUGUCGGUGGUUUUUGAUGAAGCGUACGAUCGGAUCCCCCACCCUGCAAUCAACUUGGAGGACUCCAUUUCCCAGAUAUGGGAUCAGAGGGUUCAACAAAACGCAUCAUUUUUCAACGGCAAGAAGUUCAGGUAUGGAGGACAUAUGUUGCGUAGUGUUGGGGACUCUAAUCAACAGCAUUAUGCAUGCCUCCACCUUGGUUUGACAGAUUAUAGGACUUUUAUGGGAACAAAUUUAAAUCCUUCUUGGGAGAAAUUUCUUGUUCCAUCAGAAGAUGAUUGUAAACAGUGCCAACACACCUCAAGUCCACUGGGUAAUGGUGCUGUUGUAGAAACGUCUGACAAGAGGAUAAUUGUGCUGCAAAGAAGUUAUAAUGUUGGGGAAUUUCCUGGUCACUAUGUUUUUCCUGGCGGCCAUCCGGAGCCACAAGAAGUUGGGAUAGUAUCUCAUCAGUAUGACAGGGACUCAAAAGAUGCAGAGAUUGUUAACAAGAAGAUUUCUCAGGAGAUGUUUGACAGCAUUGUUCGUGAAGUAGUUGAAGAAAUUGGAGUACCUGCAGCUUCCCUUUGUAGUCCUGUCUUUAUUGGUAUAUCCCGCAGGGUUCUGAACGUUAGACCAGCUGCCUUUUUCUUCAUUAAAUGCAGUCUCGAGUCAAAGGAAAUUCAACAACUUUAUUCAAGUGCACAAGAUGGCUAUGAGUCAACACAGAUUUUUACUGUCUCAAUGAAUGACUUAGAAAACAUGGCCUCUAAAAUGCCUGGCUGCCACCAAGGAGGGCUCGCGCUUUAUAAGUUGAUGGUAGAAGCAACCAAGGAUACAUAACAGAAGCAGUUUAAAGUCAUAUAUCAUAUGGAAUGAAAGUCCAUGAUUCAACUCAAUAAAGGUCGUUAGCUACUCAAUAAAAUUUAACAACUUUUUAUGGCUUUUACUUCCUUUUGAAGGAUAAUAUAUCUUGCUUUCAGUUGAUUCUAGAACAUAUUAGCUGUGACAUAUUGCUUAUUCAUACAAUUUUUUGUAGCUGUAUUAUCCUUUUACCUGCUUGCUAUAUUCAAAUAUGGCUCGACUAUAUACCUUUUCAAUUAAGUUGAAAUAGAGUUGAACAUAUGCAAA